GUAAGCUUGUUCACUUGUGUCCAUCGCACAGUUUUAGCUAACCUUUCAGGCUGUAGCGAAGAACAACAGCUAUGGCAGAAAGACCGGAGGACCUCAACCUUCCAAACGCUGUCAUUACGCGCAUCAUAAAAGAGGCAUUACCAGAUGGGGUUAACGUGUCCAAAGAAGCAAGAAGGGCCAUUUCUCAAGCAGCCAGCGUUUUCGUUUUGUACGCCACAUCCUGUGCAAACAACUUCGCAAUGAAGGCGAAAAGAAAAACGCUUAAUGCCGGAGAUGUGAUGGCGGCUAUGGAGGAAAUGGAGUUCGAACGUUUCCUACAACCUUUGCGCGAGGCGCUUGAGGCCUACAAAAAAGGACAGAAAGGUAAGAAGGAGGCCUCCGAGCAGAAACGCAAGGACAAGGAGAAGAAGAAUGGCGUAGACGACAACGAUAAAAGUCGAGAGGAAGAGGAGGAUGAAGAGGAGCGCAUGGAUGAAGAGCAGGAUGCAGAGAAUGAGGAGGAAGAUGAGGUGGAAAACUGAGUGUUGACCUUUUGGGAUGUGACCCGGGUCACACUGGGGUCACACCAGGCCUUGAUGGGGGACCCUGACAGUAGAUGUGUAGCGUGAUGCAUGGUAAAGUAAGAGGUGUCUUGGGUGUAGUGCACACUGAGUAUUAGAGUCUCAUGAAUCUGUCUGGACCCACGUUGAGCUUAAAGACUUUCAUUAGCCAGUCAUAGAGAAGCAGGCUUUGGCAGGACAUCUUCACUUCAUGUCAAA